AUGGCAGAUGCUAAGCAAGGUAAAACACCAGAAGAUUUUUAUAAUGGGUCGUCACAAUCACGAGUGGUUCUUGCAAAACCUCGGCUUGGAGGCUUUGGAACCUCAACUUUUGCUUCAAGUUCAAGUAAAAAUUGCAACCCAUUUGGAUCUGUAUUACGUCCACCACAAUUAAAACCAGGAAAUAAUCCGUUUCUUAAAAUUUCGGAUGCAGAUGAAGCUAAAGCAGAAAAAGAAAAAGGGACAGAGGGUGUAGACAAUAGGUUAAAAGAAACAAAAGAGCCUGAGCCACCAAAAUUUGUACCACUUGGUUCCAGUAGUGUUGCUCCAAGGACCAAUACAACAGUACCGGCUCCAGUCCAACCAGCAACAACCACAUCUUCAUCAGGUUUUGUUUUUGGCCAAAAUUUAAGUGAGAGGGUUGUAAUAAAAGAAAAUGUUAACAAUGGAGAGGCAUCAGUAGACCACAGUUCGUCAAAUGGAGCAUCUGAAUUGCUAUUUACAAGUGCUGCAGCUUCUGUUAAGGAAAAUAGUAGCCAAGCACAAGAUGAAGCAAACGAAGGUGGUGAGGGGCUGGCAGCGGCAGCCGCGGAGUACGAACGCUCGCACGCGCGCCCGCCGCCUCCCGCCGCCUACUGCACGAUGACCGGCGAGGAGGACGAGAUAAACGUUCUACAGAUAUCAUGUCGUCUAUUCGCGUGGGAGAGCGGCAGUUGGCGUGAGCGUGGGCGUGGCGUGUUGCGGCUCAAUGAUGGUGCGGGUUCAGGGUCAGGGGCAGGGGCGCGUCUGGUGGCUCGCGUGGCGGGCUCGCUCCGUGUAGUGCUCAACACCAAGCUGUGGCCAGAGAUGGUGGUGGAGAGGGCAGGCAACAAGUCACUGAGGAUCACUGCUGCUGAUGCACAGCAACAGGUCAAGCUGUUCUUGAUUAUGGGUGCUCCAGGAGACAUUUCACAACUGCAUCGAGCGCUAAUGUCUCGCAUCUCACUCAGUAAACGGAACUCACUAAGUACAAAAGAAGACGAAAACUCUCAGAGGUCUGCUGAAAGACUUGAAGCGGCUACUGACGAAAAUGACUAUUUGGAAAAUGAAAAAUCAGUAGAUGACUCUAACCAGGAGGAAGAUGACAUACAAACUAGCGGUGAAACUACGAAUAGACAUAAUAUUGAAGACGAUAGACUAGACACUUCUGUAGACAAGACUGAUGAUGCAUCUAACAUGAGCGAAGACCUAACCGAUAAAGAAACAAAAGCAUUAAAACGAAAAGAGCCAGUACAAGAUGAGACGUCAACUAAGAGACAGUGCCAAGAAGUU